AGUACCCUGCACGCUACCGUACUCGUCUUCUUCUCAAAUGUGUGGUUGAACGAGAAGAAGCUCAUCUUGUCUUUAAAUUAAAUUAUCGAUAUCGGCGCGCCAAUGUUCUAUGAAGGUCCUCCUAUUACUCAUCAUGAUGCUCUCCGCCCUCGUUUACACAUAUCCUUACAAAAGAUCAUCCGGAUUCGAGCGCCUUCGUGAUCGAAUUCAUCGAAAGAGGCAUCGUCAUCAAAAACCAUCAGUAAUGAACGAGACAGACGAGCUGUAUGAGAUGUCAAUGGUAACUCAAAAAUCCGACGACGACAGUGACUUGGCCUCGAGAAUUCGAUCGGAAAAAUCAAUACCAAGUACAUUGACCACUCCACCUACAGUAACCUAUCAUAGACGUCAUCAUCAUCAUCACAAAAAGAAUCGGCGAGAGAAAAACGAAGAAUUAUGUGAAAGUCAGCGGAAAAUAGUCGAAUUGAAUACACAGAGUCACGAAUUUGACCCUCCGUUUGUUGUGGAAGUCCGUUGCCUAAAUAGUCAAUCACCGAUUGGAAGUCUACUGUCUGGUCAAGAACAGACGUGUUUCAAGGGAAUGUUACGUUGUGUGCAGCAGUAUGCAGAUGUACACGUGUCUCGUCGUAGUGUUGGUUCAAUUCAUUGGCAUCCAUUUACAAUUCCAGAUGCUCCAAUCUCUUGUCAAUGUAUGUGGCCAGUGGAUCGAUACGGUCAUCAGGAGUUCUAGUCAUUUUAGCCCCUUUUUGCGCACGUGGUGUCAGGAUGUCCCAUUACGGUUUGAUCUACAAAAAAUGCGGGAGUUUUUUUCUGCCUAAAAAAAGUGACGCCAUCACGUUCUUAACCAUACAGCAUCAGUGCAGAACUCUGCGUCUCGUCUCCCGCAUUUUUUGUAGAUCGACGUAGAUCAAGCCGAAAUGAGACACUCUGACACCACGUGUUGCUGCUUAAAUUGUCAGUACAAAACGUUCCAUUUUUCCCAUUUUUCUCAUUAUUCUCUCUACUUACAAACUAAUGGCGGGUAGGUGUGCAUUUUACGACUGAUUUUUUUUCUUGAAAUGAAACAGUUUUUAUUGAAAAAGG